CCCAGGAGCUCGUGACGUCAUCACGCGCAGCCUCAGACCCCGCCCUUCGUGACCAUCCUAGGAGGCGCCGCCUCCUUUCACUUUCCUUCUCGGUUUCCGGGCGCUUUCGGCCUAGCCCAGCCCCCUCUAGCGGCGCUGCCGAGAUCCGGGCAAAGUUUGAGCUCCGCGGCUUUCGGGGAUGUCCCGUCCGAGCAGUGUGUCCCCCCGGCCUCCUGGCAGCGGCGCCCCAAGCGGGGGGCCGUCGACCGCCUCCGCCGGUUCGUCGUCGUCCUGUUCCGGCAGCGGCCGGGCCAAGGGGCUGAAGGACAUUCGCGUCGAUGAAGAAGUGAAAAUCGCUGUGAACAUCGCUCUGGAGCGGUUCCGAUAUGGGGACCAACGAGAAAUGGAAUUUCCUUCAUCCUUGACCAGUACUGAAAGAGCCUUCAUUCACCGAUUGAGUCAGUCUCUUGGUCUGAUUUCUAAAAGUAAGGGGAAAGGUGCAAGCAGAUACCUUACUGUGAAGAAAAAAGAUGGAUCAGAGUUGGCACACACAGUAAUGACAUGUAAUUUGAUUCCAAACACAAAAUGUGCUAUUAGAAGCCUAGUACAGCGAUUUCCUGUCACCAACAAAGAGCGCACAGAACUUCUACCAAAGACAGAGAGAGGAAAUGUAUUUGCUGUGGAAGCUGAGAAUAGAGAAAUGAGCAAAACAAGUGGACGACUUAACAAUGGCAUCCCUCAGAUCCCAGUGAAGCGGGGAGAAUCUGAAUUUGAUUCAUUUCGGCAGUCUCUACCAGUUUAUGAAAAACAGGAUGAAAUCGUUAGAAUUAUUAAAGAAAAUAAAGUUAUUUUGAUUGUGGGGGAAACUGGAUCAGGCAAAACUACUCAGAUUCCUCAGUUUCUACUUGAUGACUGUUACAAAAAUGGAAUUCCAUGUCGCAUAUUUUGCACUCAGCCAAGACGUUUGGCAGCAAUUGCUGUGGCUGAAAGGGUUGCUGCUGAAAGAAGAGAGAAGAUUGGACAGACAAUUGGCUAUCAAAUCCGAUUGGAAAGCAGAGUUUCCCCAAAGACACUUUUAACGUUUUGCACCAACGGUGUAUUACUUCGUACACUAAUGGCAGGAGACAGUGCAUUAUCAACUGUAACUCAUGUCAUUGUGGAUGAAGUCCAUGAGAGAGAUCGGUUCAGUGACUUCUUGUUAACAAAGUUAAGAGAUACGUUACAGAAACACUCAUCUUUGAAACUCAUCCUUUCUAGUGCUGCCCUUGAUGUGAACCUCUUUGUCAGAUAUUUUGGAGGCUGUCCAGUGAUAUAUAUACCAGGAAGACCAUUUGAAGUAAAGGAGAUGUUUCUGGAAGACCUGUUAAGGAGUACAGGCUAUACAAAUAAAGAGAUGAUCAAAUACAAGAAGGAAAAACAGCGAGAGGAGAAACAACAGACCACUCUGACUGAAUGGUAUUCUGCACAAGAUAACAGCAAGCCAGAAUUCCAACGACAGAGAGCAAUUCCAAAUGUAGUUGAAGAAUAUGAUCUUUUGGAUGAUGGUGGUGACACAGUUUUCAGUCAGUUGGCUGAAAAAGAUGUCAACUGCCUUGAACCUUGGCUAAUUAAAGAGAUGGAUGCUUGUCUAUCUGAUAUUUGGCUGCAUAAAGACACUGAUGCUUUUGCUCAGGUGUUUCACCUUAUUUUAACUGAAAAUGUCAGUGUUGAUUACAGGCACAGUGAGACAAGUGCAACAACUUUAAUGGUAGCUUCUGGAAGAGGUUUCUUGAGUCAAGUAGAACAGUUGAUUGGUAUGGGAGCAAAUGUUCACAUCAAAUCAUCCAAUGGCUGGACAGCUUUGGACUGGGCUAAACACUUUGGACAGACAGAAGUGGCUGAUCUGUUGGAGUCCUACUGUGCCUCAUUGGAGUCUGGUAAUCUAGAUGAAAGUUCCUUGGUCCAUGCUAAUGCUAGUGAACUUAGUGAAGAAGACAGAGAGCUCCUGAAGGCUUAUCAUCAUAGUUUUGAUGAUGAAAAGGUGGAUCUUGACCUGAUAAUGCAUCUGCUGUACAACAUUUGUCAUAGCUGUGAUGCAGGAGCAGUUUUAAUUUUCCUUCCUGGAUAUGAUGAGAUUGUUGGCUUGAGGGACCGCAUACUAUUUGAUGACAAGAGGUUUGCUGAUAAUGCUCACAGAUUCCAGGUUUUUAUGCUGCAUUCAAAUAUGCAAACAUCAGAUCAGAAGAAGGUUCUAAAGACCUCUCCUCCAGGCAUCCGCAAAAUAAUACUUUCUACAAAUAUUGCCGAAACUAGCAUCACAGUUAAUGAUGUUGUCUUUGUGAUUGACUCUGGAAAAAUGAAAGAGAAAUCCUUUGAUGCGCUGAAUUGUGUCACUAUGCUAAAGAUGGUAUGGAUUUCAAAAGCUAGUGCUGUUCAGAGAAAGGGCAGGGCAGGACGUUGUCGACCUGGAAUUUGUUUCCGACUUUUUAGUAGACUCAGAUUUCAAAAUAUGCUGGAAUUUCAGACUCCGGAACUACUAAGAAUGCCUCUACAGGAGCUUUGUUUGCAUACCAAAUUGCUAGCUCCCAUCAACUGUCCAAUUGCUGACUUCUUAAUGAAAGCUCCAGAACCUCCUCCUGCGUUAAUUGUGAGAAAUGCUGUCCAGAUGCUUAAGACUAUAGAUGCUAUGGAUACCUGGGAGGAUCUGACAGAACUUGGCUAUCAUCUGGCUGACUUACCAGUAGAACCCCACCUUGGUAAAAUGGUGUUGUGCGCCGUUGUUUUGAAAUGCCUGGAUCCUAUUCUGACCAUUGCGUGUACCCUUGCAUAUCGCGACCCUUUUGUGCUACCUACGCAGGCCUCCCAAAAGCGUGCAGCCAUGCUGUGCAGAAAACGAUUUACUGCAGGAACGUUUAGUGACCAUAUGGCCCUUCUCCGAGCUUUUCAGGCAUGGCAAAAGGCACGAAGUGAUGGCUGGGAACGGGCUUUUUGUGAGAAGAACUUUCUUUCUCAGGCAACGAUGGAGAUUAUCAUAGGAAUGAGAACACAGUUGCUUGGGCAGCUCAGAGCAUCAGGUUUUGUUAGAGCCAGAGGCGGUGGUGAUAUAAGAGAUGUUAACACAAACUCGGAGAACUGGGCUGUGGUAAAAGGUGCCUUAGUAGCUGGAAUGUAUCCAAAUCUAGUUCAUGUUGACAGAGAGAACAUCGUCUUGACUGGACCAAAAGAAAAGAAAGUCAGAUUUCAUCCUACCUCAGUUCUUAGCCAGCCCCAGUAUAAAAAGAUUCCUCCAGCAAAUGGUCAAGUGGCAGCUAUUCAGGCGCUUCCCACUGACUGGCUGAUAUAUGAUGAAAUGACAAGAGCCCACCGAAUUGCCAAUAUCAGGUGCUGCUCAGUUGUGACUCCUGUCACUGUGGCCCUCUUCUGUGGAUCAGCUAGAUUGCCAAGUAAUGCUUUGCAAGAGCCUUCAUCCUUCAGAGUGGAUGGUGUUCCUAAUGACAGCAGUGAUAGUGAGAUGGAAGACAGAACUACUGCUAACUUGGCUGCCUUGAAACUCGAUGAAUGGCUACAUUUCAAACUAGAUCCAGAGGCUGCUAGUCUACUACUGCAGCUGAGACAGAAAUGGCAUAGUUUAUUUUUACGGCGCAUGAGAGCUCCUUCAAAGCCUUGGUCUCAAGUUGAUGAAGCAACUAUACGAGCACUCAUCGCUGUUUUAAGCACAGAAGAACAGAUUGCAGGUCUGCAGCAGCCUUCAGGAAUUGGGCAAAGACCAAGACCCAUGUCAUCUGAAGAACUUCCUUUAGCAUCUUCCUGGAGAUCAAACACUAGCCGGAAAAGCUCAGCAGAAGCAGAAUUUGCAGAUGAUGCUUUUAAUGCUGAAAGAAAUCCCCCCAAAACAACUUUAAGCUAUGAUAUAAACAAAGAACAGAACAAUACAAUAUUGAGCAGAGUUCUAAUGAAGUCUGCAUCUCCAGCUUUUCACCAGCCACUGAAAUACAAAGAGAGAAGUGUUCUGCAUUCCAAACGAAGCACAGAUGACAGGUCAGACCAGUCAUCUGUAAAAUCUACAGACAGUAGCAGUUACCCCAGUCCCUGUGCCAGUCCUUCUCCUCCAUCGUCUGGGAAGGGCUCCAAGUCUCCUUCUCCCAGACCAAAUAUGCCAGUUCGGUACUUUAUUAUGAAAAGUAGCAACUUGAGGAACCUUGAGAUUUCACAACAGAAGGGGAUUUGGUCUACAACCCCGAGUAACGAGCGAAAACUGAAUCGAGCCUUUUGGGAGAGCAGCGUUGUUUACUUAGUGUUUUCUGUUCAGGGAUCAGGACACUUUCAGGGGUUUGCUCGAAUGUCUUCAGAGAUCGGACGUGAGAAGAGUCAGGAUUGGGGUUCUACUGGCCUAGGGGGAGUAUUCAAAGUGGAAUGGAUCCGGAAAGAAAGUCUUCCUUUUCAAUUUGCUCAUCACUUGCUCAACCCUUGGAAUGACAACAAGAAAGUACAAAUAAGUCGAGAUGGCCAGGAACUGGAACCUCAAGUUGGUGAACAGUUGCUACAGCUAUGGGACCGUAUUCCGUUAGGAGAAAGAAACACAGCUGAUUGAAAAUAUGAUGGCAAAUUUUGAGUUGCACCUCCUGUGAAAUAGUCUGCUCAAAUCACCAACACAUCUAUAGAAAGAAAUACCAGAGUGAAAUGGGCUGAAGGAAUUCAGUGGCACUUCCCUAGCACAGACUAGAUUUGAUGCUGUGUUCUACACUGAAGGAAACUGCGGGCUGCUCUUACUUUCAUUGAGAAAUUUGUUCUUUUUGCUUCACUUUGAAAUUUCAGAUGUUAGGAUAUCAAAGCAGACUGAAACCACUGGUGAACUUUGCACAGUGUUGUAAUUUAAUAUAUAUUUUAGAAGAAGAAACAGGUCUGGGAACAAUGAGUAAUACUUACCUCAAUAGAAUCCUGUUCAGACAAGCUCUAGAGAAAAUAUGCAGGUAUGCCUUCAAAGUUAAAAGGCAUGUGAACUGCUUCUGCUACUGCAGUAAAACACUGAGUAGACACAUUAUUGUGAAACCAUCCUCCCCUCAGAUUAAUUCCAUUUAAAAUUGUAACAUAAUGAAUGCAGUUUGUUAGAAAGCUGGCUUUGGGGUGUUUUAAUUACAACCAUAUUCUUUGUCCAUUAUGCACUUGCAGAAAUAGGCAUGGAUUUUUAAUUGACAGUAGCAGGUAGAUCAGGAACAGCCUCUUCAGUUUUGAAGGAAUGGGCCAUUUUAUUUUUGUUAGUCUUCCUCUCUAAACAAUCACCAGCAUAUUUUUUCUCCUUACCAAAAUUGCCUAUACAUUUCUUCUAGUGUAGUCUUUAUUUUUGUUUUUCACUUCCUCUGUAUUUCUUAGGAGGGAAUUUCUGAGGAUUUCUUUGAUUUUUUAAAAUAGGUUCCUCCUGAUAUGUUGUACUUCACUUAUACAACCCCACUGUCUUUGCUAUCUGUGAUUUGGCCAACAUAUCUCAAACUACAAAACACGAAGAAGAAAGGAGAAAUAUCACAUUGAACUGGGAGGAGACAGGAUACUGUGUUUUUCCACAGAACAUUUGAAUAGGAAUAGUUUAGGAGGCAACUGUUUAAUUAUUGGGUAGUCUUUUAAGUUAAUAUUUGUUUUAAAAAAAUGCCAAUUCUUUGCUACAAACCACUAAUGAAAAAGCAUAAACUACAAUAGAUCACCUCAGUACAAGUGGGGAGAAGUGAACACUCAGAUGAACACUAUGUUAGCAUUUUAAUGAAGAUUUAGGAUUUGAAUUUGUUGGCUUUUGCAUUUCAGUAUUAAAUGUUUUUUUAUAUUUUCAUGUAUAGACUGACUCAUUUGUGAUUUCUGAGCAUGGAUUCCUCUGUAUCUGUGAAGCAUUUUCUUGUUAACUUUCACUAACUGAUGUUAGCCAUUUACUAGUUUACAAGUUUUAAGUUGGAAUGAAAUUAAAUAAAUAAAUAAAUAAAUAAAUAAAUAAAUAAAUAAAUAAAUAAAUAAAACAAGGUGUCUUUAGAAUAAAGUUGUUUUGUUUUUAGUUGCAUGGUGUUUUGGAGUAAUUUGUACAGUAGAGGGUCACCUGUUACCUGAGUGCUACAUCAACCUAGGACUGGCUCUUUACCUCGGAUUGUUAAAUUGCAUUCAUCAUCAGUUUGUAUAUAGCAACAAUUGCUCUGUUCUAGUUGUUCUGCAAACAUCAUGGAUAAACAGUGCAGUAAACUAAUGCAGCUUAACACAGAAAUUAGCAAGAGUCCUGUCUUGCCUGUUUCCUCUAAAUGUCUUCAAGAUCAGAAUUCAGAUGCAGCUGUUCUAAGGUAUGAAGGAAUGUGAUCGAUUAUAUGCUUUUUGCUAUAGGUUGGUUGUUUCUGAAGCACAAAGUAAUAAUAAAUUAUUUGAAAAUGUAAUGUCAACAUAAUUGGGUGUAUGUAAAUUCUCCCCCUU